AUGAGUCAAAAAGAAGAGAAAAUAUUGCAUCUGGACACCGCAAGUCCAAUAGAGACACAUGACUUCAUGAAUGUGAGCUCGUUCUCUCAGCUCCCCUUCAUCCGUCCCACACAAACCAAAGACAAGCCCCCCUCCUCCUCCUCAGCCACAGCCCCCGCCGCUGCCAUCAGACUCUUCGGCAUCGACGUUCCACACGACCACACCAUCGCCACCACCACCACCAUCACCGCUGCCGCCGCCACAACCUCCCAUGGCAUUAGCCGAAAGUUCGAUUGCCACUACUGCGGUCGAAGCUUCCCUACAUCACAAGCUCUUGGAGGCCAUCAAAAUGCCCACAAGCGCGAGCGAAAGCACGCCCAGCGCGCACAAUUACAAUCAGCCAUGGCUACGGCGCACCACCGUACUUCGCCUUUUGAACACCACCAUAUCUACCAUAAUUUUAGCCCAUUUUCAACAUCUCGCUUCUCCUCCUUCCUCUCUAAUGGCUACCAGUACUCCAACUAUUCGCCGCCCAUUCAUGGGAGUCCUCUACCUCCAUUGUGGAGAGCUCGGGCGCCGGUGCGAGCCGAAAUUAGGCCAUUGAUUCCUUUUUUCGGCGGAGAUGGAGACUCUUCUUCUUCAACUAUUUCUUCUAUAUCUCCACAAAAUCGCUUGGUUUGUGAGACUGUAGAUGGAGGUAAGGAAAAUGUGAGCCUUGAUCUGCACCUCUAGAGGAUUUUUGGCUGACAAAUUAAUAAUUGCCAAGAUUUAAUACAUUGUUUUCAUAUUGUA